AUCUUAUCGAAUGACGAAGAAACGUUCGUCGAUGUUUUCAGAAUGGUUGUGGUCGUUCAUCGCCCCUGAUUUUAUAAUGAUUUUGACGAGCAAGCUUUCGUUUUAAAGGCGAAGGUUUAGACGGAAAUAUGGUUUUUCCCAAUUUUUGAGAAAGCUUUACGUUCUCUGAAAAACGUAUAGAAAAUUGUCUCUUCCGGAACAGUUUACGCGUAAAAAUUAAACUUUCAAAAAUUCGAGAAAGUCGUUUCCUCGCUUAAACCUUCGUCUUUGAAACGAGAUCUCGUUGGUCAAAAUUCAUCAAAGAAUUACGCUUGGAAUCGCUGUUGGGGCGUAAACGCUACGUUCGACGUUUUUCGAGGAAAAAAAGUUUCCUAUAGCGACGCUCGUUGAACUACGCGGUAAAAGGGAAGAAGCACGAUCCCUCGUUGCUUCUCGAACGAACGCUUGAGCGGUUUGUUUCCGCGAAGUAGACGACUGUUUCCUUGUUCGUGUGCGUGAACCGAUGUUCAGAUUGUCGGAUAAAAUAAUUAAAUUUGAUAUCUUGAUAGAAUUAAAUUUUUAAGUCGCGGUCGUUGCCCCUUUCUAACAUCGACGCAAACGAACUAUUCGUUGACCGUGUCGAAACAGUUCUUGUUACGAUUAAGCACUCUCUUGCGAACUUAAAUAUAUCAUUUCGAUUACGUACGCUUUCGUUCAACGUCGAUAGAAACGGUCAUCUUGGGACGAAACUUUCAUCGUCCAACGAUGAAGACAAAGUAAGUACAUUUUUAUACGAAACGAUUGAUGACAACGAUAUACGACGAGAUAAUAUAGAUGUGCGGUCUUUGGAGUACGGAGGAAAACUAACGUAACGACUCGCACGGUCGAAGGCUGAAAAAAAAGUAUUGUAUCCAUGACGCGUCUUAAGAGUUAUACGAUGUUUAUCGGAGUAUAUUAUCGUUCGAGUAUUACCGCGUCGUAUUCCGAGAGUUCUCGGAAAUAUUUCAACAAUAAUAUACGCCGUUAAUAAUGUACGCGUAGCUCUUAAGACGCGUUGUACACAAUACGAUUUUCUUUCAGCUUUCGUCGAUCGUUUAAUGUCAACAAGAAGGGCAUUGGAUCGACCGUGCGAGUUAGUUUCCAUUCGUCCUUCGAGGAUUACUCGUCGAAGAGCUCUCUUUUCGUACGGUUACAUUUAACGUACUUAUAGAUGCGAUGAUUUUAUAAUUAUUUAAACAACGUACGGUAUAUUCGUUGUCCGACGAGGAAAUAUUUGUACGAUAAUGCACGCCGUUAAUAAUGUACGCGUAGCUCUUAAGACGCGUUGUACAUAACACAAUUUUCUUUCAGCUUCCGUCGAUCCUUAAAUGUCAGCGAGAAGAAUUAACGCAGAAGCGCUCUCUUUUCGUACGGCUACAUUCAACGUACUUACAUGCGAUGAUUUUAUAAUUGUUUAAACAACGUACAACGUAUUGGGUGUACGACGAGGAAACGUUUAAACGACGGUACGCGGAUUAGCAGACGUAGAAUAAUUUCUCAUAGCACGUAAUUCUUAGAGGAACGCACCGAAAAAUUCUAAUUUCUUUGUUUCUGUAUUUACUCUCAUUUACGCUUCUUAGGUUAAAUACUGUAUUUUCUGUCGUAGUUACAUUCCCCAUAAUAUCCGUACAUCUCGAAAUUAAAGAUACGGGUCAGCGAGUUUCUAUCGUUAUCGCUGUUAUCUUACAUGUGUUGUAUUUUAUAUGUUACGUAUUUCGUCGCAAGUAAUAUUCGAUAUAUUUCGAUUUUUUCUUUGCUCUCGUCGGAUUUAUUAUUGUUUUUACCACACAGAAACAUUUCCCUCGCACUCGAUCGUUACUGGUUAUAACCUGUAGAGGGAUAUGACCUGUACAAGCUUAUAACCGAUACGAUAGGAGAGUGGCGACAGUGUUUCCCUAUUUUGUAGUUGAUAUUUUGUCCGCACGCGUCGCUGGAGUCGCCUACGCCAGAAGCGAAAGGUGGUGAACAGCCUUAACGAGUAUUCGUACCAUUGGACUUCGCAUAAUCGUAAUGCGAACCGCUCGUUUCGUCGAGAAUGUCCAUAGCCUGAAAGUUUCAUUUGCAUCGUCCUUUCUCUUUAAAGUAAUUUUAAUAUUAGCUCCUUUGAGAAAUAUCCUGUAGUUAAGUAAUAAUGACGGAUGGAUCAGGAAAUGAUGAUUCUAAUGCUUUUAAUUCUAGAUCCGAUCCAUCGGACAACCUAAUGGUAUCAACGGCAGGGCCAGUGGUUUUGUAUUCGACCGCGCAAGCUUGGAAAGCGCACUUCCAUCGCUGCUUUGCACCAGAUAGAGUUUCAGAAACGUCCGACGAGGAGGAAGAUUUGUCUCAGUACGAAUUCGAAGACGACCUGGAAUAUUUAAGAUCGUUGGAUCCAAAGGAAUGGAAAGAUCAAGACCAUUACGCGGUGUUAGGCUUGAGAAAACUUAGGCACAAGGCUACUGAAGAUAUUAUUAAAAGGGCUUAUAAACAGAAGAUAUUGAAACAUCAUCCGGAUAAGCGUAAGGCAUUGGGAGAGGAGAUACGACCGGACGAUGACUACUUCACCUGCAUUACUCGUGCAUGGGAGACGCUUGGAAAUUCUGUGAAAAGACGUAGUUACGACAGCAUAGAUCCUUAUUUUAACGACGACUUGCCGGACGAGAAGGAGUGUAAAAAUAACUUUUAUGAAAUUAUGGGAAAAGCGUUCAAGGAUAACGCUAGAUGGUCCACCAAAAAACCGGUACCUCUCCUAGGCGGCCCGAACACGCCUAGAGAUAAGGUUGAAAAAUUUUAUUCCUUUUGGUACAACUUCGACUCUUGGCGCGAGUACUCGUAUCUCGACGAGGAGGAUAAGGAAAGCGGGCAAGACCGAGAUAUGCGCAAGUGGAUCGAGAAAAAGAACAAAGCCACGAGAGCAAAGCGAAAGAAGGAGGAAAUGGCAAGAAUACGUGCGCUAGUCGACAUGGCUUAUAACGUAGACCCUAGAAUAAAGAAAUUCCAACAGGACGACAAGAAUAAGAAAACAGCCGCGAAGAAGGCGAAACAAGAGGCUGCGAAGGCUCGACAAGAGGAAGAAGAGAGAAUAGCCAGGGACGCCGCCGAGAAGGAAAGAUUAGAAAGGGAAAGACGCGAAUCCGAGGAACGUGCGAAGAUGGACGCGUUGAAGCAGGAGAGGGAGGCACAGAAGAAGGCGCUCAGGAAAGAGAGAAAGGCGCUGCGCGACUUUUGUAAGUCCAACAAUUACUUCGCCGACAGUUCGGCCGAAAGUUUGAAGCACAUGGAAAGCGUUGAGAAAAUCUGUGAACUGUUCAAACUGGUACAGUUGGAGGAAGCUAUGAAGAAACUACAGAACGGCGGUAGGAGCGCGUUCAUCGAUCUGGUAGAAGAAACGGAACAGAAAAUAGAAGCGGAACGUAGAGCCGCCAUGACGAACAACGACGCGCGUAAUACGCCUGAGAAACAGGUGAAGGCUCAUACCGCGCCGUGGAGCGAAAAUGAUUUGCAACUUUUGAUAAAGGCCGUCAACUUGUUCCCUGCUGGCACGAACCAACGUUGGGAGGUAGUAGCGAAUUUUAUCAACCAGCACAGUACCUCGUCGAGCAGCAUCACGCGCGACGCCAAGGAAGUUUUGGCGAAAGCUAAAGAUCUACAAUCUACCGACUUUAGCAAGUCGAGCCUGAAGGAAAGAGCGAAUAAAAAUGCCUACGAUAACUUUAUCGCGGAGAAAAAAACCAAAGAAGGUAUAGAAGAAAGGAUGCCAGCCGUCACGGAACGCUUGGAUCAUCCUCUUUCAAACGGGAUAUCCACCGAGGCGAAAGACGUCAAGAAGGAAUCCCAAGCCUGGACGCCUGCGGAGCAAAAACUUCUCGAGCAAGCAUUGAAAACUUAUCCGACGACGGUGCCCGAUAGGUGGGAUCAAAUAGCGGCGUGCAUACCAACUAGAACGAAAAAAGAAUGCAUGAGGAGGUAUAAGGAACUCGUGGAGCUCGUCAAAGCGAAAAAAGCAGCACAAGUCAUGAAAUAAUAUUAACUCUCCUUAAGAUGAAUUUCUUUGUAACUUAUUCGUUCUUAAUUACGACCAUUUUCUAUGUCAUUUCCAAUUUUCCAUUGUAGGAAUUUCACUUGAUACGAAUCGUAAGAUGAGAAUGAAUGUUAGAUAUUAUUGAAUUCCUGCCAAUGUACAUGCCGGUGCCUUGCUUUGGACCUACAUACACGCAUGUGCGCAGCAUAGAAAUCGUUGUAGUUUUUGUUUCUCUGUUCGUUCAAAUUUAUGCUGUUCGUGUGCAUAGAAAACUCGUUGCACCGUUUGACAUUUCUCUUGCGCAUCGCGAUAUCAUUGGAACCUAUGAACGGAGAAUCGGACGAGAUCAAUCGUUUGGACGUUGUUUGGUUCUUUUCUUAUUUUCUUUUUUUGUUCGUCUUCUCUUUUUUCUUGCGCCAACUCAAUUCGAAUAUCGUGUAAGUAAUGUAAAAUACAAAGUGUUUAGAUCGACCGUAGUUGAAAAAAGAGGCAAUUACUUUAUAAAUAAAAAAAAGUAAAUUUUAAAAAGCGCAUCGCAAUAAUUUUUCCACGUGAAACGCUCUACGAUGGUUCUUUUCGAAAUAUAGUAUGUUUUUCAUCGAAUCUCGAUCUCUUGGAAAGGGUUAAUCUGCGAUCAUCCAAACAUAAGAUGUUUGAAAUCCUUAUAUUUUAAUUUGACACAUUUUUGACAACAACAUCAACAACAACAAUUUCUGUGUUAGUUUUUCUCUAGUCAGCAAAAUGCUGCCCACUCGGUCUCUUCGUAUUUUCGUCUCUCAUUCGUCAUCAUUAUUAUUAUUGUAAUGUUCGUGCAAUUCGGACAGAAUUACACGCACGCAAACGUAAUCGAAAAUACAAAGUAAAACGAUGAUCGAGUGUGUGUGUGUGUGUGUGUGUGUGUGUGUGGCACUUAUCGUCACUUUUGACGAGCGACCGACAAGAAGAGUGAAUCUCGAUUUCUAAUAUACGUGAUCCUUCUCCCCCUCCCCUCUCCCCCCUCUCGUGCUUCUACCGCUUUCCCUUGAAAUUCAAAGGAAUAACAAGAGGAAUAUCGAUUUCUCCGCUUGCCGAUCGAAGAUUCAAACGAGCAGAGCUUUGGCGCACUUGGCUCGCGCGACGACGAUCGACCAAUCGCGUGCGUCGUUUCUUCGCUUCUAGGUUAUAUAGGUAGAAACGUCGGGAAGUUGAAUUAACAAAGAGAAAUCGCGAAAUUCAAUUUUAUUUACGACGAUUCGAAUAUUUCGUGGCGCUCGGAAAAGGAAAAGAAGCGAUAAAUAGUCGUUAAAGUUUUCUCUGCGGGUGUCUUCGAGUGCGUGUGUGCGUGCUUUUCUCGUCGUCUCGAGGAAAAUUUGGAGCGAAGAACGGUCGCGUGUCUGGUGCCAAAGGAUCGCCGAUCGAUCAACGAGGGAAGUCGUGCAAGCUCUUGCUCGUCGUUCUCUCGUGCACGGUUUCUCCCUUUCAUAGGCGUUCUCCUUCUUCCUAUCUUCGUAAAAUAGUGACAAUUAUCUGCUCGAUCGCGAGCUACCGAGAUGGUCUCGUCGAACGAAGAGACGCGGAGGUGAGAGCUAGGUGACGCCAUUUUGUUUGGUAAGGAACGUCGGCGAAAAACGACACUUUUACACAAUCACGUGUUUUUAUCGUUAUUUCCUCUAAUGUAAGUUUAUAAUUCGUUCUUUUCAAUCGAGCAACACCAUCCGGGUAGUGAGACGUCGGAUUCGAAAGGAGCAAAGAAACGAAUGAAUCCGCUAAAAAUUACGUUACGAUAGUUAAAUAUUUACAUGCUAAAUCCGAAAAGUGGUCUGGGUCUCGUUCAGUACGUAACGCUAAGUUUCUAUAUAACAAUAAUUCUUACGAAAAUAUGUUUACACCGCCGAUCGUCGAGUUUACGCUUUCUUUUUCUUACUUAUCUUAUUUUUCGUUAUUUUUUCUUUUUUGCUUGUUUUUUUCUCUUUUUUUUUUCUCUUUUUUCUUUUUCUUCGUGAGAUUCGGACUGAACGACGUGGUCUGACGAUCGGCCGUUAAAAAUGAUCGUUAUCUAAAAUGAUAACGAUCGUUGGAAAGGGCGUUCAUACGUUUCUCUUAAGAAAACUUAUUUUCUUUCAUAGGCGAUUGAAAUUUGUCAACUAGAUUCGACUUCGUACAGCUGCACACUUUUAUGAUUCAUCGUUCGUUAGCAAAUAACUGUGCGCAAGAAAUAUUUCUUUUAUAUCAAAAAGACGAGGAUGAGAGACGGGGAGGGAGAGAGAGGAGGGAGCGAGAGCGAGCGAGAGAGAGAGAGAGAGAGAGAGAGAGAGAGUGAAGGGAAAAAGA